UUGGUCGAAGAGCCGCUCGGCAUUCCUUGUGGGCGUCUGCGAUGGAGAUACUGGCGUGGGGUUGUGGAAUCGCGAGGAUUGGGGAGUAGUAGCAUUCUUUGGUCUGGCGAACUGCUUGAAGAAGCCUGGCUGGACCUUGCACUUCCAGGAGCAGGCGGUGGUGGCGUUGAUGAUCUAGUGUUGGCGGUCCGUCUUCUCUUCGGGGUUGCCUUUUCUCCAUCUGUAUUGGCGAGAACGGUAGAGCUCUUGGUGGUCUUCAAAGAUGUUUGUAUGCUCUCUUCGGCCGCAGCCUUGCGUUUGCGCGAAACAGCCAUUGCGCGUGACGGUGGUAAAGGUGGUGGGUUGAUUGUUAUGCUCAAAGUUCGUGCUGUAACUUUCACGCGUGGUGUCGCGGCCCUUGACGUGAACGCGUCGGAUCAAUUUAACUCGACACGACACGACACGACACUCCGUCACCAUUUCUCCCCAACAACCAGCUUCAGUCUGGCCUUGGAAAAUCACUCCGACCAAGAGCCUCCUGCUCCCGCAUGUCGACUCUCUAGUCAAUUCCACUGUCUAGUCGAUUCAACAUGGCCGAGCUACCCUUCACAUCUUCCCAGGGAAGCCAUCCCGAUGCUCAACUC